AGAGGAAAGACAGUUUAACUCAGAGCGAGCCACACAGUUUUCAGAUUCUAUGUUUUCAUUUGAGUAUAAUCACCUGAAAAUAAGAAGAGUUGAGUUUUUGAUACCCUAAAAUUAGCUUUUUAUAUCUACAGAUACAGCAGGUCCUCUUCCACGGAGUCUGCAUUUUGCAUUUUGCAUUUUGAGGCCACUGUAGUUUCUCCUAAGGGUGUUGCAAUCAGCAACUACACAACUAGAUGUCACUAAAUCUGACAGACUGGUCCUUUAAACAUUUUCUGUUUUAUUGUGAAGUAUGUUAGUUGUUAAAUAAAGUCCCCAAAUGGGACAGUCAAUGCAAGGGCAAUCCAUUCAAUAGUUGUUGAGACAUUUCACUAAAAUCAACAUAUCCAAAUGGUGGCGCUGGUAGAAGAGUUAGCUCCACUAAAGUCACUCGGGUUCAUCCUCUGGGUACCACAAAUGUCUGAAUGGUUCGAUCAGGUACAUGAUGAGAUAUUUCACUCAAUAAAUGAUUUUGACUUGCUGGGGGUUCCAUUAAAAAAGCACAAGAUCACCAAAGUCAUUAGGGGUCAUCCUCUGAGGACUGUGAAUGUCUGUACCAAAAUUUUAUGGCAAUUCAUCCAUGAAAUUUAGUAGCUUUUCAGAUAUUUUAGUCCGGAUUAGUGGAAGACUGGUGGAAGGAUAUUUCCAUCCCUAUAGUCACACAUGAUAACUCCCAAUAAAAAAAUAGGUUCAUCACCUUUAAUUUGAUGGAAACCUGUCUCAUAGAUUUUUAUGCAUUUUAUGUGCAAAGUUCAGAUUUCAGCCUCAGGGGGGCGCUAAAGGAAAGCUCAUGAGGUGUUAAAGAUGCAGAGGAUAGAUUUCACAGCAAUCUGCCUGUUAGAUUGUAAUAUGUUUUGUGAACAAGUGAAAAUUUUGCUUGAACGGAUCGCGUUUGUGUUGGGAUCAAGAGUAACAUGAUGAAUUAUCCUCUGGGGGCCACGAAUAUUCACAGUAAAUUUCAUGACAAUCUGGUCGGCAGUUGUAGAGAGACAAAGCUUGGACAGAUUGACUGAACAACAUUUCAGCUCCCCGCCAUAUGCUGCCACUAGAUUUUGAAGAUAGCAUGGGCCAACGUGCUGGUGAAGGGGAAAUUAAUGAUUGAUAUCAGCAUUAUUUUCUGUCGAUGAACUAGCAGGAGAUAAAAAAAAAAAAGGGGACAGAAAACUAUAUGAGAGCACAUUUAUAACCAUUAGAAUAAGUAUCUGUAUUAAUUGGAUGUUGAGCUGCUUCUACACUCUUUUCUAAACAUCCAGUAAAAUUCAGCUCCCUCUCUCUCUCCCUGUCAGCAGAGAGUUGAAGCUGCUGCUGCUCGCUCUAAUCCAGCAGCACUCCCACUACUGUGGCAGCAUCAAAGACGAGAACACAACAAUCUCCGGUCCACUCUUGAGGUUGAAAACCUACCCGGUUGUCAGAGCUCUAGAUGUAACAGUGGGGAUGCUAAAAAGACUGAAUAACAGGACCUCGGGAUAGUCCAACACCUCAGGCAAGACAGAUUGGUAUGUCGAACACGUGCUCGCAGGGCUUUUCUGCUUGUUUUUCUACUGUGAGACUGUAAAAACUGAGGAGUCACAACUGUUGCAUCAUGGGGAUUGUGGUCUACAACAUCUCCACCACCUCAGCCAGAGUGAGCUGGCCGUCGACGCCCGGCUGCCUCGACACUUUCUACAGCGUCAUGUACGACCCAAACUGGAACAGCCUCCUGAUGGGCUACAAACGCAAGAGUUUCAUGCACGAGGAGCGAAUCCCCGUCAGUCAGACCAACACACACCUGGCUAACCUGCUCCCCCAGACUGCCUACUUCCUGUGUGUGACGUGCCAGGCAGCCAAUCCGGUGCGGGACCAGUGCCAGGUGUUCAGCACUCUGAGCGACAACAGCGAAGGUCACGACAGAGCCGGCUGGGAGCUCGCCAUGGGCGUCUGGCUGACCUGCUGCAUCUUGCUCCUGGUCAUCGCUGGCAUCCUGUUGUGGGGUUGUCUCCACACCAUCUGCUCCAUCCCCAGUCAGGCCGCGGACGGCUGCCAUGUGGCGGCGAACAACUCCGCCUGCCAAGACAUGCCUGGAUCCGGACGCCUCUACAGUCCCAGAAGCAGCAGCGAGGACAGCUCCAAACAUGCCGCCGUCAUACAACGCCCCCUCCUCCCGACGCAGACCACCGGCCACGUAAUUACCCAGGACCACGAGCUGAGGACGCUCGCUAAGCUGUCUGGCACAGAGCCAUCAUGAAUCAACAGGAUCGAGGUCAUCACAGCAUCGUUCUGCCUGGACUGAACUGUCACCAAGUAUUAUCCACUGAUGAAAUCCUAUAGAGUCUCAGAGGUGUCAAAAAUGAAUCAUUUCUAACAUAACCUGCCCUCAAUUCACUAAUUUGUGCUCCUGGUUGAGUAAUUCAUGCUCUGUCUGUGUCUGUCUCGGGUGGAUAACAUCAGCUAAUUCAUCCAGACUCCUGAUCUGGCUGCUAAAUUGGCGAUGCAAGGCAGAGGCCAACUAGCUGACUAACCAAAGCUAAACUGGGGUUAGCCAGUUGGCUGUGGCUUCAUCUUGUUGACUGAUGAGAUAAGGAAUAAUAGGAUGACGCUCGCUCCCCCCUGUGAUUUUGCUUAAGGCAAUAAUUGAAUUUCAUAGAGCACAUUAUUAAAAAUCUGUGCGGUUCAGUUGGUAAAGUGAGUCUGUACCGCAUUACAAUAUCAUAUUUUAUGCAUUAUGAUUAUUAAUUAUCCUGGGCCAGGUCAGGGUGUAAUUAUCUGUCAUCCUGGGAUUUUCAACACAUCAGACAGAGAAGCUGAAAUACAGAAAUUCAAAGUUUAUCCAGUAAAAUCUUCUGGAUGAGGCCACAAACUCCUCCACAGUCAGACUGAAACUGAGACUAUCCAGGUGGAUUCAGGGACUAAACUCUGAUACUCUACCUGUUGUGUUCUGGCUUUGUUUAUUUCAUGUAUCCAGCUUUUAAAUCUAAAGUCUGGCUCGCUAUUUACGCUGCAAAAUAGUGACACGACGAAGUCUAGUUUGGUUUGUGUUUAAUGGUUUGAGAGAGAGAAAGCGAGCAGUGGUUGAGCGAGACAGACAGUGAAUGAGAGUGAGCGAGCGCCGCAUCGAUAAAGCUGGUUAAUACGGACACACCUACAGAUUAUACCCUCAGUUUGAAACAUUACUAAUAUUUACAGCUACUGCAACCGAGACAGUGAGAGCUCCGCUUGCAUCCAUCACUUUGUGCAUAAAACCAGAGCUUAACAGUGACGCAGCAAGACAGUCUGUGCCGCGCAGCCUACAGCUGUUUUUUCUUCUCUUCGGCAUGUCAGUGAGCAGACCGUCUGCAUGACUUUAACCAUUUACUGACAGCAAUUAACUUGUGUGUUGUGUUUUGAUAUUUCCGGGUGCCCUUUGGCUCUGCUACAGUCUUUCUGCAACCUCCACCUGCUGGUUAACAUGCCUGCAUAACCAGGUUACACUCUCAGAAUAGUGUCGUCUAAUUGUUGUUAACGUGUGCUUUGAUAUUAAACCGUGUGGAAGAGCUGUCUGGUUCAAACGUCUCCAACAGGACUGGACAUGCAGCAUCGUGUAACUGCUUUUGAUUUAUGACAGUCGGAUAUCGGAUUUCACGCAUAUCAGGCUUCAACAUCAUCUUCAUCUCACCGUCAGCGACACAGCGAGAGAUAGAGCUUCACUGCGCCGAAAACAAUAUCUAACUGAGAGCAAAGAUUAUUAAAUCGGGAGCACAUACUCAUUUUUUCCCUCCUUGACAGCUCCUAGGCCUGUAAAAUCCUAUUUUAAUUGAAGACAAAUAAA